AUGGCCACAGCGACAAUGAGCAGCUUCUCUUUCCAACCGUCUACACUCCCAGCUGACAAGUACCGCGGUGCCGUUGUCGAGGACCUACAACUUCCACCAGCGUUCUCCGUUUCAUCCAAUGAAGCCAUUUCACGCGCAAUUGAACUUGCAUACGAGCGAGACUUUUCUCAUAUCCCAGUACUGGACCAGAGUCGCAGACCCCUGGGAUACGUGGAUGUUGCGAAACUGAAGCAGAAGUGGGAAGCAGGGCAGGCGAACCCCGACGACAAAGUCAGCACGUACAUGACCAAGUUCAAACGCACCUCCUCGGAACCAUACACCGUUAUCACCCCACUCUCGCCGCUCUCCGACCUUGAAGAUUUCCUCAAGCGCAAUAUUUUCGCACUUGUGACGGAUCAAAACCGCAAGUUCGUUCUCGCCGUGGCGACAUCUCACGAUCUCGACAACUUCGUCUCCCGCCGUGGUCUGUGA